AAGCGGCGGGCAGCACGUGGGGGCGGUGCCGGUCGGAGGGCUUUGAGUCUUCUUGGUUUGUGGGAGGUGAGGCUGCUAGCGGCUACAGCCCAGGGCCAGGGGCAGAGCGCGGGGAACUGGAGAGACGCUGCGGAGCUUGGACACCGGCUGAGCGUCAUGGAGGGCUCUGAGGAGCAACCGGGCCCACGGCCACCGCAUCCCGGGGACCACCGCAUCCGCGACGGCGACUUCGUGGUGCUGAAACGGGAAGAUGUGUUUAAAGCAGUGCAAGUCCAGCGGAGAAAAAAAGUAACUUUUGAAAAACAGUGGUUCUAUCUGGAUAACGUCAUUGGCCAUAGUUAUGGAACCACAUUUGAAGUGACCAGUGGAGGAAGUCUUCAGCCUAAGAAGAAGAAGGAAGAGCCUACUUCAGAGACCAAAGAAGCGGGCACUGAUAAUCGAAAUAUAAUUGAUGAUGGGAAAUCUCAGAAACUUACUCAAGAUGACAUAAAAGCUUUAAAGGACAAAGGCAUUAAAGGCGAGGAAAUAGUUCAGCAAUUAAUUGAAAAUAGUACAACAUUCCGAGACAAGACAGAAUUUGCUCAAGAUAAAUAUAUAAAAAAGAAGAAAAAGAAAUAUGAAGCCAUGAUUACUGUUGUGAAGCCAUCCACCCGCAUUCUUUCAGUUAUGUAUUAUGCAAGAGAACCUGGAAAAAUUAACCACAUGAGAUAUGAUACACUAGCCCAGAUGCUGACGUUGGGAAAUAUCCGUGCUGGCAAUAAAAUGAUUGUGAUGGAAACAUGUGCGGGCUUGGUGCUGGGUGCAAUGAUGGAACGAAUGGGAGGUUUUGGCUCCAUUAUUCAGCUGUACCCUGGAGGUGGACCUGUUCGGGCAGCAACAGCAUGUUUUGGAUUUCCAAAAUCUUUCCUCAGUGGUCUUUAUGAAUUCCCCCUCAACCAAGUGGACAGUCUCUUAAAUGGAACAUUUUCUGCUGACAUGUUAUCUUCAGAGCCAAAAGACAGUGCUUCGGUUGAAGAAAGUAAUGGCACACUGGAGGAAAAACAGACUUCAGAACAAGAGAACGAAGACAGCAUGCCAGAGGCCCCAGAGAGCAAUCACCCAGAAGAACAAGAAACAAUGGAAAUUGUCUCUCAAGAUCCAGACUAUAAGGAGCCUAAAGAGAGAGGAAGCAAAAAGGAUUAUAUUCAGGAAAAGCAGAGGAGACAAGAAGAGCAGAAGAAAAGACAUUUAGAGGCUGCUGCUCUGCUGAGUGAAAGAAACGCCGACGGUUUAAUUGUAGCUAGUCGUUUCCAUCCCACUCCACUGCUGCUGUCUUUGCUGGACUUUGUGGCUCCUUCAAGGCCGUUCGUGGUCUACUGUCAAUAUAAAGAGCCUCUGUUGGAAUGCUACACAAAACUGCGGGAAAGAGGAGGGGUCAUCAAUCUCAGGCUGUCUGAAACCUGGCUCAGAAAUUACCAGGUUUUGCCAGAUCGAAGUCAUCCCAAACUACUGAUGAGUGGAGGUGGGGGGUACCUUCUCUCAGGCUUCACUGUUGCCAUGGACAACCUUAAAGCAGAUCCCAGUCUCAAAUCCAGCACCAGCACUUUAGAAUCACACAAGACUGAAGAGCCAGCAGCUAAAAAACGGAAGUGCCCAGAGUCUGACUCAACCUUUCAAAAAUUGCUCUGAUUUUUGUUCUCAGACAUUAUGCAGUUAGUAAGUAAACUUUAAAUGCCAUUACUAAUUGUGUUUUCAUAUCCUAAGAAUGAGAACAUGUCUAUACCCCUGUUCGUGGGAAGGACAAGUAAGCCUUUUGUCCACCUCUGACACAGAUUGGUUCUGUCUGUCAAAACCUCGAGCCAGAAUACCCAAGCCUGGUGGUAAGCAGUAGACUGGUAUAUGGCCAAUUGUGUUUAUUUCACAAAAGUCCUCUUAAGUACUUUUAGUGCUCUGCGCAAAUAUCUUGAGAAUUUAGAGAUCAAAGAAAUAUAUUUAUACAAAACUUUGUUUAUAUGUUAAGCCAAGUGGAAUAACACACCAUCAGUGAAACUUGAGUACUGAAACGAAGGAAUUUGUGGAAGAACUUUCCUCUGUUCAUUAUGUUCUCUUCAACCUAAGCAAUAUGAAUGUGUGUGAGACUUACAGUACCAAAAAUGUCCACCCUUUUCCCUCCAGUGGAAUAAACUUUUAAAAAUUUUAUAUUUUAUUAUUUUAGUAGUUGAUGACCUAGAAAAGCUCUGAGUAUUUAUUUUACUGCUGUUUUUGUCAGUAGAAAGGUGUUGUAGGGUACUUUUUUGAAUUAAUUUGCCAGUCCUCUCAUUCUUUGUUCCAAAUAAAGUGACUAGAAUUUUUGUGUACUAUUAAAGGAAACAGAAAUGGUUUCUUCCCUCCCCAGAGACUUAUGGAGAUAGAUAGAUACAUGUAUAUGGAUAUUGGUAUAUGCGCAUACAUACAUAUAUUUAUAUGUGCACACACAUCCACAUGGAGACAGAGAGAACACACUGUCCAUAUGAACUGUAACAAAGUUUAGUGCAGGGCUUAGACCAGUCCUCACAGCAUUAGUGUCACUCCUUGUCAAAUGUAUUUUAAAGUGCCUUUUUUUGGUGAUUAUUAAUGCUGGUUUGUUGAGCUCUGGCAUGACUAGGUGGUUAGCCUUUCUAAGCUCUGAAACAGUGUAAUUAAAUUAUUUGGUCAUCUGCAGCCAAGAAAAGUGUUUAGAGGAAACCACGGCUCUUGCCCAUUGAGAGUCUGAGUCUUGCUCACUAAACAUGCUCAUCGUGUGUAUUGUUCAUGUUGUUAUAGAAUAGAUGCAGAUCAUCCAGCAAGGAGCAUCUCAGAAGAAAAAAAAGAAAUUGCUUUUUCCUAAUAGCAUGUACUAUUCUAAAAAUGACCAGUGUGAUUACCAACAACUACAGUUCUGAUUCCUUUUUCUUAAAACAAUUGCUUUUAAAGAAUAAAAACAUUUCCUACUAUGAUCCGUCUGACUUACAUGAAUGAUGCUGUCAGUGAUG